AUCCUUCCAUUUACGGCUAUUCUGGGGUCGCAGAAAAGUCCCACGCGGCCUUCGCGGGCUGCUCACGUCGACUCGUCCGUUCGUUUGUUCGUUCCUACCUCCCCCAUCUCACGCAGGACGAUCCGCCCAGUUUUCCGCUCUCUCUUACUGCGUACUUGCGCGCAGCUUGGUGCUGGGAACCACAUCGCGUCUCGGCUAGGCCCGUGCAGCACUCACACACACUCGCGCGCCGGCUUUUCUUCAUCCACACCCCACCUCCACUCGCACGUAUGGCCUCCGCACUGGGGUUAGCCUCCAUGGUCCCUGCACCCAUCGCCACCGCCCUGCCCGCAUCCGCGUCGGCGGCCGCCUCUUCCUCUGCUUCUGCUUCUGCCGCUGCUGCAGCCGCCGCUGCCGCAGCAGCAGCCGCAGCAGCCCACGGGGCGCUACCCUCACUUGACAAGACGCUCGGCGCGGCCUUCAUCGGCUUCGCAGUCAGCUGCGUCGCACUCGGCGUGAACACGAACCAGGUGGUGACGUACUUCCACCGGUAUCCCGGGGACCGCGUGUUCUACAAGCUUACCGUCGGUCUCAUAUGGCUGCUGGGGCUCGCGGACCAGGCGUUCAUCGGACACGCUAUGUACUUCUACUGCAUCAAAAACUACGCCAAUCCACUCGUCUUCAAAGAGAAGGUCGUGUGGACACUGAUUGCCCAACUUCUUCUCGGAGCUCUGAUUGGAACGAUCGUGCGACUAUGUUUCACGAUGCGUGUCUGGCGGUUCAGCAAACGCAACAUCUUCGUCACGGGCUUUUUGGUCGCGUUGACACUCGCGGAGAUGGGACUCGCUAUUGUUUUCACUCUCCGGAUUUUCCAGAACCCAUUCAUUAAUGUUCUUCCCACUCUCAAAGUAUUCGCGCGUUUUCCCGGCCUCAAGUGCAAAUGUCUGAGAAAUCUGUCACAGGUUAUCGCUUCUCUGGCAUUGGGCGCUAGCGUCAUCGUAGACGCAGCCAUCGCUGGCGCACUUGCUUUCUUUCUGCGGCAAUUCCGCACGGGCCAUAAGCGCUCCGACUCACUAGUCAACACUCUGACGAUUUACGCAGUCAACACCGGCGCGCUGACAGCCGCCAUCAGCUUGUGCACCCUGCUUAUCUACGACGAAGACCCGUCGCAUUUUAUCUACAUGUCGUUUUACUUCAUCCUGAGCAAACGUGCGGCGUCUCCUCUUCUCUUCUCUUCUCUCCGCACCCAAGCUUACAUGUUCCCGCCAGUAUACUCGAUAUCCUUCCUCACGACGCUCAACACGCGCAAGAUCAUCCGCGGGAAAGGCACUGAGCGGAGCGGCGCGGAUCCGACGUCAGGCGGCACGCGCAACCCGCUCAACAUCUCGGGUAACCAGUUCUACGUCAACCAGCUGUCACGCGGGAACGGCACCCCCGUCAACGGCGGGCACGGUGCGACCUCGUCGUUCUCUGGCCUGCGGAGUAUGGUGGACACCAAGAUGCAUAUUGGAGUCCACCAGGAGGUCAGUGUGGUCUCCGACGUCGACCUCGAGGAGGGGAACAAUUUCAACUACGAGAUGGCCGAGCGUGAGCGGCAGUAUUAUGGCCAUGCGCGGUAGCUCGUCCAGAAAACCCCGCAACUCACACACUCUUUGUAUCUUUCAGCUUUUCUUUCGGGGUUCGAUGUAUCAUUUUAGUCAUGCGAGACGCGUUGAGGAACGAUUAUUCUUCUUUGAAUAUAACCGUGCAUUUCCAAACUU